GGGGAGGAGGUGACGACACUCCGCUGAGUGUCCCUCCUGGGCACACGAGGACUGUUUGGCCAAGUCCGUUUUCGAGACGGGCGGCUGUCCUACGUGCAGGAAGUCAAUUUUGUUGAUCGAUGAUGAGAUUGUCCUUGGCCGUGCAAUCAAGGCUCUCAACGGUGAAGAGCCGGAUUUUUGUGUUAUACGCUGAUACCUCCUCGCUCUUGCCUCUAUUGUCAUCGCCCAAGGCCAAAAGCCAAGGAUCUAUGUUCGCGACAUCUUCGCCAUAUAGAGUAUUACCAGAGUUUGGCGGCGUUGUAGUUGCGUCUGCCGUUUUCUUGAUGUUAAGAGCAGCUGAGAGUCUGAAAAAGAGCUGGACAUUCCAACUCGCUUCAGUUUCUCCCUACCGUCGUCUUAACCAUUCAUAUAUGGCUUCGCUUGGCUGGUUUAAGCAGUCCCCUUAUCUACCAGAUCAAAUGAAGUACUAAUGCUUCCCGCCUCAUUCUGUACUAAAAGGGUCGCAAUUACGGGGUUGACGAGUCCUGGAAA